AUGUCUCACACGGCUACAUCAGACGUGACUCCGCAGAUGAAUCUCGAUGCCUUUGGCUAUCCCCCAUCUCGCCAGUUCAUGAGCCACAGUGGACUUUCAACCCAAUGCCGUGAGGUACCUCCACAGAAAAAGCGCAAAGUGGCCAAAACUCCCACAACCUCCACCGAUGAUGAGGACGUCUUCUCCCUUGAUAUGGUUACUAUGGAUAUGGGUUUUGAACAGGCAUACGGCAUGUACACGCAGAUGCAGCAAAAGAGUGCAUUGCUUGGUGUUGAAGAGCUACAGAGAGCCCAGCAGAUCAACAUGAACAACACGCUCUCGCAUAACCAUAUGCGUCCUGCUCAAUCUUAUCUACAAGUGCACGACAACCAGCAUUUACAAGACCAGAACUCGUUUGGCAGCAUGCCAUUAUUGUCGCCCCCUGGUGAAGCAGUUGAAAAGAGCUACCCCAGAGCUCCAGCACUGAGUGCACCUGGUUUCAAUUCCAAUGAACUCCACAAGCGCUUUGCCGAUAACCACAGUGGAUUCCCUAGUUACAAAAACUUCCAGGAUCUCCAGAAGCGUGCCAUGAAAAUGUCACUUCCGGAACAGACCGUUUCUAAAGGACAUACCAGUUUUCAAGAACAGGAGGAGUACGAAGACGAUAGUCAUGACGAGUUGGAUCAUUUUUUUUCUAGCACAGAGUCCAACGCGCUAGAAAAGUUCUUGGACAACUUGGCUUCGUCCAAUCUGGCAAAUCCUCUCGAUUUGUACAACCAGGCACAGCCUUCGACGCCGCAGCUAUUUGAUUUGCAUACCAUGGGUACUGCAGAACAAAGACUGUCAGCAUCUCGUUCUGAUUACCCUGAUCUGGUGAAGAACGAGAAUGGCGGUGGAUUUGGUAACCAGUCAUCUCAAUAUUUACCAACGUUUAGCUCCCACAACGAACAAAACUUCCAACUUCCGACUCCUAACAGCUCAAGGCAAGUUUCCAAUGCAGAGCAAGGAAAGAAAACGUCGUUAGAUGAUGGCACAAUGUUGGAAACUGUGCAACUGAAGAAGAAGAAAAAGACUAGUAAACCACUACUUUCAUUGGAACAGAAAAGAUUGAACCACUCACACUCGGAACAGAGGCGCCGUCUCCUUUGUAAGCAGGCUUACGAGAGAUGUUUAAGAUUGAUCACCAAUGUUGAUGACUACAAGAAUGACUUGGUGUCUGCCUCUGCAUUAACGUCGUCUGCGAAAAAAUCGAAGCGCAAACAAAUCAAUAAGGAUGGCUUGCCCAACUUAUCCAAGCAUACCGCGUUAUUGAAGAUCAGUCUUGAAAUCAUGAAAAUUCGUGACAAGAAUGAAAAGUUGCAAGAGUUAAUCGCCGGCUAUCGCUAG